AUGUACGGUAGGCAUUCCUGUGACUUGUGGCCGCCUGGCGCCGUGCCCGCAAAGGAGCCUGCAAAGGCGGGGGCGAUCGGCGAGGCGGUGGCGCUCGCACCAGCCGUCUUGCAGAUGUUCACACUUCGCCCGCUCUCGGGCAGUGCUGGCAACGUUCUGACAGUACCCUACCCACAAAAAGAGAGCGAUAUCAGUGUCGGUUACAGCAGAAAGAUUCCUUAA